ACAAACGUUCUCGAGGAAUUCAUUGGUUUGUAUUAUGCCUUCAGGAGAUUAUUCCGGUAAGCAAAGGCAGUCAGUCUACGAAAAAGCUUUAGUAAUCUCCCAUGAGGGUGAAAAAGAGUUGUCACUACUUCAGAAGGACCUUGACCGUUCCAAACUGCAGGCGUACAUCUCCUACAAGCUAGAAGAGAGAGAAUUGCGAAACGAGCUGUUUCGAAUUAGACGUGAACAGAUAAAUUUGGCCAAAGAGGCGAAACAACGUCAACGAGACAAGAGAAGCGUCGAUGACAUUGCAAAAGAAAUGAAAGUAAAGAAUCCUGGAAACAGAGGCGCCACAGCAAUCAUGCUCGAGAAAAAGUUUGCUCUACCAGAGGUUAACUGCACUCAGAACAACGUACCGAAGAUUUUACGAAGGUCGUUGUCGCACGAAUCGGAAUAUUUCACGUGGACAUGCGGGUUGCCGAAGAUCGAGAACGCAGUGAAAGCGUUAAAUCCUUCAGGCGGUGAGCAAAAGAAGAAAGGAAAAGAUGAGAGCAAAGGAACAGGUGAUUCCGCUGAGGGAGUUCAAAAUGAUGAUACCAGCAGAGUGCGGGCAAAUACAAUUCAUAGCAUUGUAUACAACGUCCCCGUGACUGAACCAAAGAGAGGCAACUCUAUGACACAAUCUAGCUUGCCUCCUAUCAAUACAAAACUUCCGAAAAUUAAUGUGACAGCCGCUCCAGACACGGAGCUCAUUUCCAAUAACAAAUCUAACCGUGUCAAAUUACCUAAAAUUUAGAUGACGAGUCCCUCAAACUGAAACUAGAGAAGAACGAACGCAGUUCUUUCGGAAAUCGGGCAAUUUGCCCGUCUCAUUUCAGUGCCAGAAUGACCUCCAGUAGAUCAAUAACGAGAGCAUUUCGUUGUUUUCUCGCAAACACAUGACUAACAGGAACAUUCUGCGGUCAAGCGCAAACGAGUACAGCAGCUAACAUAGUUCUGCAGCGUAAUUCGUGGAACUGAGUGUUCUCUUCUCAACAGGCCAAGCAAAAAGUCUUGCGAGAGUAUCGUAAUUGGCGCUCUGUAAGACAGUUUGCAAAUUGUAACCUGCACGGAAUGUUUGUUGAAACUGAACAAAAUAAACAACAGACGGGAGUUGAAUAUAUGAUUAAUCUGGAACUGAUCAUAGCUCAGACUAUAAUGUUUUAGUUAUUCCGGACGGAUU